AUGGGAGAUGGAGGCCCGCUGCAGACUGAGGGGAACGCCCUCCUCAAAGCUGUCUUCCAGGGGAAGCUGCGUCUGACCCGGCUGCUGCUGGAGGGCGGCGCCUACAUCAACGAGGGCAAUGAACGUGGCGAGACACCAAUAUCCGCCGCCUGCUUGGCGAGCUACGACGAUCCGCAGACCAGGCAGAGGAUGGUGCGGUACCUGCUGGAGAAAGGGGCUGACCCAAACAUCCCCGACAAGAGCGGCCGCACAGCACUCAUGCAUGCCUGCGCCGAGCAGGCAGGGAAGGAGGUGGUGUCACUGCUGCUGGAGAACGGAGCAGAUCCAAGCCUCAAGGAUUACUCUGGCUCCUCCGCCCUUGUCCACGCAAUCAACAAGGGAGACCGCGACACACUGCAAGUGCUGCUGGACGCCUGCAAGGCCAAGGGCAAGGAGGUGAUCAUCAUCACAACUGACACGUCUCCAUCCGGUACCAAGAAGACCAAACAGUACCUCAACUCGCCGCCCUCGCCCGGCAUCGUGGACAAACUGUCUCCAGCCUGUAUGUCGCCUUCCGACGUGGAGAUUGGCACAUCGUCACCUGCAGGGGACAAGAGCAAAGACGAAGAGGGCAUCUUCAGCUUCGCUCUCACCUCAGCGUUACCUUUACCUUCAGCUCGACCUCCAGGUGAGAAGAGACCACCACCUCGCAAGCUGCUGAAGAGGCUGAACUCAGAACCCUGGGGCCUGGUGGCGCCCUCGGUGCUGAGUGCUGUUCCUCUGGACCGUGUGGAUGGUGGUCUAGCGGAAGAAGGCGACCUAAGCAGGACAAUCACUGAGAUGAACGGCUUGUCCAUCGCGGAGCCAGUCAGACCUCUGUUGUCACGGCGACACAGCAUCGAGACCCACGACCCCUGUUCCCCCAAACUCAUCGACCGGUCCUGCUCGGAGGACUGUGCGGCCCUGUCCGGUCCAUCCUGGGCCGACAAAGUCCAGCAGCACCAGAUCCUGUACCGCAGGAACACAGCUCCAGAGUCACAGGAGAAUGCUGGAGGACCCGGAGCUGUCGGGGCCCGGGCCCUGGCUCAUCCCAAACUGACCCGGAUGGAGCACUAUGAGUCGGACACCCACCUCUGCCCGGAGUCCAUCCCAGGAUCCCCGGACUCCGGUCGGGUAUCUGUGGAGCGCAGAAGGUACAACGCCUCCCCCCUGUCCCUGGUCACCAGUUCGUCUCGGGAGUCUCUGGAGAACAUCCCCAACUCGGUGUCCCCCAUGACGAUGCGCCGGCGGCCACCAGGUCUCCUGGAGCGCCGGGGCUCCGGGACCCUGCUGCUGGACCACAUCUCCCACACCAGGCCUGGCUUCCUGCCGCCGCUCAACAUCAACCCACAAAGACCCAUCCCUGACAUCCGGGCAAAUGGCAAGCCCACCUCCCCAGUCCAUUCUGGACACAAGAUCCUGGUACCGGUGGCCCCCGCCUCACCCAAACGGGGCCCCGACUUCAAGCUGAAGAAGAAGCUGAUGAGAAGACACUCGAUGCAGACGGAGCAGAUGAAGCAGCUCUCCACCUUCCAGGAGAUCUUGGCCGAGAAGGUCAUCGAGUCAAAUGGCGAUUGA